UGUCCCUGUUCACCUGCCCCUUUCUUGCGCUUUCUUGACGAUAGAUGUGGCACCGCGACCACGUGUGUGUGGAGAGAAGCUAGUGAUUAUGGUUCGAAUCGGGUGUAUUACUGAUGAUGGUCGGGUAUAUCAGCAUCCGUGGAGAUCAAUGUUUGCUAACUGAUAGUCAAAUUGUCUGAUUUUGUGGAUGCAUCAUUGUCGCAGUGCGUGAGAGCGUGUGUGCGUGUGUGCGGAAGAUUUACGUGGUUCUAUUUUAGCUGUCAUGCUUUCAUCUCCUUGGUGACAAGUGCACCGCCAAAGUGAUUCCAGCCAGUCUGCUGCAGUGUGAAACGGUGUGUUGCGAAUCUUAGCAGUCUGGGAAUCUUUUGCUCCUCAUGUCGUCAUAAUCCAUUAAACGGUCAAGAAGUGAAGAAGUUAGCGAGCGGAGCAGAAAGGGUCGUCGAAAAAGAUUGGUGCUACAAGGGAGGAAAAGGAAAGGAGUGUUCUAUUUCGGUAGUGUAUACCUUUACGUCCUUAUUGUGUGUUUUUGGUGGCGUAGUGUGGCGUGUUUUGUGUGUGAUCCUAUGUAGUAGUGCGUACCGUGACGAAAGCUGCAGAAAGGAUGUCAACGUAGCCCCGUUACAGUUGGGCCCAAGCUUUGGAAAGAAUAAGAUUGCUAGAUAUUGCAAUUAAGAUGAUGGUUGACGGAGUGUUACAUUUUACUGAUGGCAAUCGCGCGCCAGGCUACUAUCGCAAAAGUGUUGGCCAAGGUCCGGGCAUCGGUAGCACCCGCGAGCCCGAGUGAUUUACCGGUGACGUCUGGUGUAUAUUAAUGUUUGUGUUCUGUUUAAUGAUAAACGAAAUUUGAAACAUCCUUUCUAUUCCCAUGCUGUUCGAUAACUAUAGUACAUCCUUCUCCUUAGACUCACCGAUCCGUGGCAGACAGCGAAUGUGAGAUGGCGUCCGAAACGGAAAAUCCCAUCCCGGCGUGCCCUCCGCUACCGGCGGAAACGGCCCCGGGUAAUCGCACGGCAUACCGGGAGGUGUCGAAAGGGCGUGAAAUCGACGGUGGUGAGCUUACCGGUGACCCGCGUGUGCAGUGCCGGACGGAAACGGGCCCAGUUGAGGGUGCACCGGAAGGUUUGAAGUUCGCGAGGUAUAACGUAACUGGUCCAACGGCACCGUUGGCCGGGGAGUGUAAUGGGGUGGGAACGGUGGCAGUCGCAGUGACCGGUAGUGUUUCGGUAACGCUCGAAGAGAUCCUCAAAACGUUCAAUGCACCCAUCUCGGAGGAUCAAGCUUGGGCGCUGAUCUAUCAGACGUCCCGGAUGUAUAAGGCUCGCCUACAGGAGACGGGCAGUCGAUUGCGUGACCUACGGUUACCCUUACAUCCACACCAGCUGCACGUCCAGAAGGAUGGCAGCUGCAUCGUGACGGCAAGAGCGGAUAAGGAGCUGUGCAUUCCAUCGACCCAGAAAAAGAUACUGCUCAAACUCGGCAUUGUCGUGUACCGAGCACUCGAUUACAACCUGCCCACUAGCGAAGACUGCCAGAUCUCGCACGAGCUUGAGGAGCUGAUCGACUUCAUGACAUCCGAAGAUAACGAUGACGAAGGUAUCGAGCGUGACUCGGAAGAAAUUGAAGAGGACCUGGUGGCGGUCGACAGUAACGGUGACUGCCCCGGCAACAGAUCGUUAGGCAGUGUGAUCACGAACCUGGAGGUAGUAAGCGUAGCCGCCAAUGGUUGCGGUGGCGGCGAGCGAAAGCAUCUUGAAACCAAAGAACUGGAUCACGUGCUAGAGUACUGCUCAUCGCGUGUAUCACCCUCGAAGCCGGAAGAUCACUAUCGGGCCGUUUGCCGGGCGCUUGUAACGGAAACGCUCGAGCUGCGAACAUUUCUGCAACGGGUAUGCCAAGGUGAGGCGGAGGUCCUACGGUUAAAGGCCCAGGCAGAAACCACCGGCAAGGAGCUGGAGAAGAUCCACUUCAACGACUGGUCGGACGAUCAAAGAAUCUGGCAAGCACUGCAAGCCCGCUUUUGGAUGCAGGUUGUAGAUGAGCUACGGCGCGGUGUACGGCUGAAAAAGAUCAACUUCUCGCGAACACCGAUCGAGUACGAACUGACGCCCUAUGAAAUCCUGAUGGAGGAUAUCCGCUCCAGAAAGUACAAUCUCCGCAAGGUUAUGGUGAAUGGCGACAUUCCGCCGCGGGUCAAGAAGGACGCACAUGCAGUCAUAUUGGAGUUCAUCCGAUCGAGGCCACCGUUACGAAAGGCAUCGGAAAGAAAGCUGGCUCCUGCACCGCUAAAGCGAGUAUCCUGCCCUCGGGAGCAGCUGCUAGAUUCGAUCCGAAAAGGACGUGUGCUGAAGCCGGUUCAUCCGAAGCUGAAGUCAAGACAUUCUGAUUCACCAGACGGUGACCCUUGCGUCGAUGCGGUCCGGGAUCUGGCGUACUGUCCGGUGGACAAUCCGGCCACGGUACCGAUGGCUCCAUCACCACGCAAGCCACCGACGCCGGCUAAACACCGGAGUAACAGCAUGACCGGUGGGAAUGCUGGCCUACCGCCGAUCAAUCGCGUACCUAAGGCGGCACCACGAGCGACUCAACAACCGCCAACACCAAAACCAAGAUCAGUUUUACCUACCACAACCCAAGUAGAUAGCGUAAAGAAAUCGUGCGAUGAUGAAAUCGACACCAGCGGCGCCCGCAGCCUCGACGGUGUCAGUGGCAGCGGCAGCAACGGCAAUGGUAGCGGUAACACUGCCAGCUUCCACCAUGGUUCCAGCUACAUCGGCACCAGCCACAAAACGAUGACGCUGGGUCGUUCGAGUUUUUCGCACACCAGCGGUACACCCCGUAACACCCUAAGACUGAUACCAGUAGACUUUUCGCUGUUCAACGAUGAUGACUUCAUUGAUGAUACAGCGAACGAUGGCGUAGAUUCUGGCACGUGCAGCAGUGCUACCAGUGGGCAGCGAAGCCAGCAACAGAACGGUGGUCACCGGAUAGCGUACGGUGGCGUUGGGGGAAAGCGCAGCAGUACCGACGAUCGUGGAAGCACCAACGACAGCAACAGUACAAACCGUUUGAUGAUCGUCAACAACGAGAACAAUCAGAACAACAUCAACACCGUGCUGCGACGGACAAAGAAUAUCAUCACCCACGACGAGUAUCAUCGGUUCUGUGAUAAGGCUCUCGAAACCUACGAUCUUGCGACACAGUGCGAAUCACGACGAGCAUCCAUGCGCCGACACACCAUUAUAGGAUGCAAUCAAAACUACAAACUCGACCCGCUGGCAAGUCACUCGGUGCCACCGUCGCGUCCCGCCUCGCGUCAAUCCGAUCGCGAUACGGUGAAAAAUGAGUCAACCGGUCAGCCUGCAACACUACCCACUACGAAUGGGGCGCCACCGAGAGAAAAACCUUCCGCCGUGGUGAUGCCACACGUCGUCAACGGAACGCGGCCGGCACCGAUCGGAAGUACGGCCACGGGCAACGGUAGCACUACCACCACCAUCGAGUACGUCAGCGCCACCAACCUGGCAUCGUUGGACACCUGGACCAAAAAUUCGCUCGACGAGCACCAGUGGAAGGAUGCGUUCAACCUGAACGAUCGUCUGUCACUGACGCUGGAGGAAAUCGUACAUAUCCGCUCGGUGAUGACGAAGGCCGAGCUCGAAGGGCUGCCGGUGGAUGUGCACAUCAAGGAGGACGUGGAGAAGCGGAAAGUUUGCUUCCUGUGCUUACGCACCCGGUUUACCUUGUUCGCGCGUGGCAUCCUAUGCAAGCUCUGCCAGCGGACCGUCUGCAACAAAUGCAAUACGAAGAUGCGAAUACCUACCGAACAUUUCCGCAAUGUUCCCGUGGUGCUGCUGUCACCUUCGCUCAUGAACAGCCCGUGCACAUCCAACACACCCUCGCCGAGCCAUCAUGCGCACGGUACCGGCUCGGGGCCAACCAGCAUGGUGGACGAAUCUUUCCCAAGAUCCCUGAUGGAGCGACUGUUACGGCCUGAGUUAGAUCGAAAGACUCGAAAUACGGUUGGAAGUGCUCCGUCUUCACCAAAGAAUCAACGUUCCGCCUCCAGCACACCGGGUACUAGCCUGCACGGCACCGAAACCCUGUCUCUAUCGCUGUCGCAUCACGUUACCGGUGCGAGCAACACCACCAAAGACGUUACUGCACCGGCGAAUGGUAUCACCGCCACCUCCGCAACGGUUACUACCGCUGCGCACAAGUGUUCGCUCAUGUCCCGCAGCAUGGAGGGCCCCAAUAGUCUUCCACCGCAGAGCCCGGCACGGCCACACUCCAACUGCAGUACGCUCGAUAGAAAGAAUCGUUUCGCCAAAGCAUUUACGCUAACGGCGUCCGGUGCAGGGCAGGGCGGUGUGCUCGAUCCACAGAAGGAAAGGCUCACUGGUGAGCUGAUGGCCGUCUGCAAUGAUUGUCGCAGUCUGGUGCUGGAAAUCAUUCGUUCCUCGCGACAAACCCGAACAACGGCCCGGAAUCAGGUGCUGCGCCAUCUGACGCUCGAUAUCUCGCCGGUGUACAAGUAAGUUGGCCGGCAGUGUAUAGCGGCGUAUAAAGCGCACAAGACGGCUAUUAAGGAGAAGCGACAACUUUGUUACCCCAAAAUUCUCCGGAACCUCCAGAGUUCGAGCCAGGGACAGAGUGUGUGAGCAGCAUGCAUCCCGCAUACAUUACUGACGUUGUAUUUAUUAUACUUAUUUAUUUAAACCGCAUUAAAUCCUCAAAAGAAAACUGGUAGUGGAGUGCCCCGGCUGCUCCCAGAAUUUGGCGAAUCACGUAGUGAAUAAUGUAAGUUGGCGGCAGUGUGAUGCUGGUGCUCGAACGCGCGGACAAAGUUACCGAUCAGUUACGAGAGCAUCAGCAUCUGAUGGCCCGAAGUGUAAGACUGGCUUGUUGCUAAUACCUCCAUGGCAUUGUGAUUAUUAUAUCGUGUUUUUUUUUCUUUGCUGAUCCCGUGUUAGUAUCGAGGAUCGAUUGUUUUAUUUGAGAAGAAAGAGUUUUAGAAGCAGAAGAGAAACAGCCACACAUACAUUCUUUAGAGGCACAAAUAAAUAAUAUUAUGGUACGGUUUCGAAAAGUAAUGGAAGCAUGAGCAUGCUAAUAACAUCAGUCCAUUUGUUUUUUUUAUGUGAAAAAGGCUACCAGACUUUGGUUUAGCCUGUACAUCCUCGCUUUGCGUGUUUUAUCCGGAUUCGGGUUCUCCUGCGCGGCUAAACGUUGUGCCUGAAGGAUUGUUUUAUUGUUUGUAAAAUAUGUAUAUUCAGGUAUAUUACUAAUCAUGGUUGGUCAUGUUUAGUCUUUGCGAGGCACUGGCACUGGCAAACACUGGCGAUAAUCUGCUGAUGUGAAUAAUGUUUGGAUGAAUAGAGCAAGAGAGAUACGCAUUUUUUGGAUGAUCGAAUUCUAGGCUAUCAGUUUUCCUUCCCCCCGUUAAAUACAGAACCCCUAUGUUACGAGCAUAGAUACUAACGAGCAAGGUUGAUCCACCUCGAUCGAAAUGCUUAACAUUUUUUGAUGUUCUAUCGCUGUACAGGAUUGUUCCGCGAGCGGCCUGCGAUCGAGCGUGUGCGUAUGCCCGAAAAUCGUUCUGUAAAUGUAUGUUUAUGUUGAAAUAAAAGUAAUUUUGCUUCAUUCCGCAUAAAAUCGAAUCUUCUGUCGCGAAAUAUUACACGCUGAAGAUGAAAUGGAUAAAUUAGACAAAAAACAGAUCAUCAUAAUGGCGGCUUUAGUCACGUUUAACAUUGCAAUAGUUGAAUAUUUUAUUCGAAUCCUUGGAAUCCAGAAGAAACGAAGGAUUAACCUAAGUAAAUUAAUCUAUUCCGAAGCUGUUUGUUCAACAACAUAAUUAAAGAAAUAUACGAAACACUUGAACUUAGCGUUGAUAAUGGUACCCGUCAGCGCUGCUACCGCAGAUGAAGACACAUGGACUUACACUAACAACACUAAUCAUUUUGGUGCAAAUAUGCAAAGGGUUACACGCGCGGCCUGAAAGCAAUAGUAGAAGUGCUGGAAAACGAACUGCAAUCAUAGAAGGAUUUAACAAAGAUGCUUGGACAUGUGUGACGAGGGUCCUCCUUGUCCAAAUCCAAAGAGAAUGGCAAUAUAGUGGCAGGGUAGAACAAGUGUAAAAGAGCAAGAAACAAGCAUAUACAUAUAUACACACAACACAUGGUAGAUGUAGUACCAGAGCAAAAAAGUGACAAUUAAAAAAAGAAUGGUUCCGUUUGCUUAUCAAAUUUUAAAUGUACCGCAUCAUGUGCACAACCGAGAAAUCCACAAUCGUAUAGCCAAAAAUGGAAACCGUUAAUGUUUUUUAGCUGUUGAUCAAACACGUUGUCGUGUGAUACUAUACUUCUUGCGGUAGAGAUAAAUUAACUGAAAUUAUUUAAAUUAAAACUGCACCUAAUAUAAUCUCAGACAGUCUGAAGGAAGGGAAGAAACCGACCGAGAGGUGGUGGUUCACCCCGUUAAUAGGCUGAUGAUAGGCGGAGAAUGGAACAAGGUAUAUCAACAACAUCUUAGAAACAGGCUGUCAAUAGAACGUAAUGAAUAUAUUGCAAAGCUUCCAUCAAUUGAUAGAUUGAAAUACACCACAGUAAAUAAUCGUACAUUUACAACAUUUACCAACAUUCGAAAUGUACCCAGGUUACCCAGGGACAUUGGGACCUUCUGAAAUACAAUUGUGGGGAUCGUGGGAACUGAAAAAAAAACCAAGAAAAGCGAUCUACGGGUGCUGGAUGGAGUUGAGAAUUGUGAGGAAGUACAGCUAACGACUGCAGGCUGGGUUUCGAUUGGAGGGAUACCGAUAGACAAUUGUACAACAUGAGAGCAUUAGGGGAAAGAAUCAGUAUCAGUAACAGAAAUUAAUUAUACUAUUAUAUACUAUUCGUAUAAUCUACACCGAUGAAACGAAACGUGUAGUGCAAUGAAUAAAACAUUGAACAAAA